CGGAUUAUUGCUCCAUCCUCGCUCGACACGCUAUCUGUCUGCGUGGUACAGUCACUACUCCGUACUGUCCACUGACAGUUGGCACACCGUGGUCGGCACACCGUGGUCGGCAGACCCUGUUUAGACCUCACAGCACAAGUCCAACAGGCUCACCCAGCUCUCGUUUUGAGUAAUGUCGGACCCACAGCUCCUUUCAGAGUUUGAAAGCAAUGUUACCUAUUGGGGUAUGUCUGACACCGAGCCCAAGUCCCCAGCCAUCCCCAUUUUCUCAGCGCAACCUCGACACCAAAGCUCCAACUCCAACACCAGUGCUCACGUACAUGCUCCUGGCCCUGUGGCCCACCCAGCUUCCCGUCCUAGAGCUACUAAUCACCAAAGAGGCGCCGAAAGUCCCCACGUCCAUCACCUAUCCUCCCUGCGUCAUCUCUUACCCUGAUGCCCAGACUGCUGACACCGCUAAUCCCUCCCCGGACACGCGACCUUCACUGCUCCUCGGGAGCCCAAAGAAUCCCGCCACCACUGCUCGUACCAUAGACUCUCAGCAAUUUUUAGUCCAUUCUCCUACUACUGUAGCCCAUGGCACCGGCUAUAACCUAGUUACCCCAAGCUUUGGCGCUCAGCCGUUGAAUACCUCGUCUAGACCGCACCUCUAUACCCCGAAAUCCCCAUUAUAUGUCCCUACUGGAGAGUUGGUCAACGAAAACAUCCAGAUUCUCCUCGAUAUCGACACUCCUCCCACGCGUCGCUUCACUGACACCUUGUCGACAUCUCCCACCAACCCAACGUCAUCGCCAAAAUCCCUGGCCGGCUCGGCCCCUGCUAGUGAUGGUAAUGCUAAUGUUUCGGUGAACAAGUUUGCUCAGCCUUUGCACCCGAGAUCUGCCUUGAAACGCAAGGCCGAGUCUAUAGUGUCACCGCCUAGCGAGGCCUCAGUUAACCAACCAUCUCUCCAACUUGGUACCUUGUCUGGUUCCGAGUUCGACUCUAUCAACUCAAAUCCUCGUUCCGUAACCUUUGAGCGGAUGUCAGGCAUCGGCCCUACCUCGCCUGACGAAGGAUCAAACUCUUCAGAACUCCCUAGCACUUCUCGGGCUCACCAGAAUACUGGCCCUUCAGGAGGCACCAGGAGAGUCCGUCAGCCGUCAGGUUCCACGCCACGUCAAGCCCAACCCCUUCCCGCCGCCUCGUCACAAGCCUCUGCCAGAGGCAGAGGCACCAGGACCUCGUCAGGCCAUCCUCCGUCGAUUCUUCCCCCAGAAAAGGUAUUUCCCAUCCAGAUAGGCUCCGAUUUAUUCAGGUUGUCGGGUGCAUCUAUUUCAUCCGAUGCUCCUUCGUACUUUACGCAAUUCUUUGAGGAGCAGAUCAGACAAAAUGAGGAAUCUGGUGGCGUGAGAACACUGUACAUUGAUCGAGAUCCUGCUACCUUUCGUGAUGUUGCACGUCACCUUCAAGGAUACUAUGUGAAGCCAUUGGAUGGCAGCCACUUUGUCAAGCUCUUUGCCGACGCUCAGUUCUACAGCUUGCCACGCCUCAUCGACCAGUUGUUCGAGUCAGAGAUCUUCAUUCAAAUUGGAGAAAAACAUUUUCAAAUACCCAAAGACAUCUUUUCAGAGCCGGGAAAUUCCCCCAACUUUUUCUCUCUGGGCUUUGCCGUCUUCUUCUCAACACCUGGCGAGGUCUUCCCGGGGCUCGAUCGCCGAGGCCUUCUCAGACCCCCAUCAAUCACUCCACCAUAUGUACCGGGACGGUCUGCUGAGAUCUUUGCAGAGCUCCUCCAUCUGCUAAGGGGCUACCCUCUACACAUCAAGAAUGAUUCACACCGAGCAGAAUUGCUACGCGACUGCCGUUACUUCCAUCUCCGUGGCUUGGAGCAGAAGAUCAUUGCUCACGAGAUCACUUUCAAUGUGUUGAGGCAAAGGUCUGAAAUUUGCCUCCGCCUCGAAGACGUCAAGCCUUCGGGCGUGUCCGUCACGAACGACGACGUGAUCCAAGGUGACAAGCCCAAUAACAGCGGCUGGGUGUAUUAUGCGAGACCAUUCGUAGACGAUACAUCGUACGAGAUGGUGCUCCAAGUGGGAGGUGAGAAUACGGUACUCGACUUGACUGAUAUGAGAGCGGACUUUCACAACCUGACAAAGGCACGGAUCUCGUCUCUGUUUCAGGUGGUGGCUAACAAGAUGAAUCUUCCCACUAACGCACCGCUGGGCUUACUGAUGCUCUCAGGGGGACGCUCAUCCCAGUCUGCCAGUCCUGGCCACACCCCCCUAAGUGAAGAUCGUGUCAAAGUACGGUUCGAAGAAGCCACGGAGAUCACGCUCGACGGCGAAUCAUACGAGGUGGAAUGGGAAAGUCCGCUUGGCCAAUGCAUGUUGAACGGUCCUUCGGUGAACCCAAGUGAAUCCGAAUCCGAAUCGGAUGUGAUGAGUGAAGAUACUGGCGCCAGAGCUACGCGGGCCCAAGUGGUCACUCAUCAAAGACGGCCUCAGACUCGCCAAGGACCAGCAGGCCCCUCGACCCAGUCGACAGCAUCAUCUUCGACCACAUCACGAGCAAGUUUACCUGUACCGCCUAUUCAGACGAGUCGAUUGUCAUCGGCGCCAUCGACCAAGAAAAGGAAGAGGCAAAGCAGCCAGAGUGAUCUAGGCGAGUGGACCAUACGCACGGGUCAGUGGCGGCUUCGAGUGCAACCCAACACGCAAGACCCCAUACGUGGUGGUUACGAAAUCAUCUUCGUGGGGGUCAAGAUCGAUGCUUAUUCGAGCGAAAGAGCUAGAAAUGCGCGAAGGCCUUUUCUCAGCUGAUCGCCCAACGAUACUGAUAUCGGUAACACAACCAUUCGUCUCCCUGCAUUGGGCAUUGCUUGGAAAUGGUGACGCGUUGAAAGCCCUGCAUGCUGGGAAGCGCUGUCUUUUGCUCGCGCAGACGGCACAUAACCGGCCUAGUGAUCCAUGAGGAUUGGAUACAGAACUAAAGGAGUUGGAGUGCCCACUAGAUGUACGGACAACGAAUCGGGAAAAAGCGUUACCCAUCAAUGAGCCGAUAAAUAAGCGAUCGCACUGCGUGUUUGCCACCAAUGGACUGCCCAUUGCUAGGCUCCAUGGCUGCGCAUCAUCAGUGCUCUUCCCAUGUCAGGCAUUACACAUGAUUUCCAGUUUCUCGAGCCACUACUGGUUGUUGCACGGGGAUGACAACCAAGGAAAUUGCCCUCUCACUCCACUGUGUCCGGACACAAGAUCCCCUGACCCCAGACUUAUGUUGCACGUGGGGCUGGCUUCGGGGUUAGAGUACCGAGAUUGACUCUCGAGCACAAGCAAAUAGUUAGUCGAUUGCAUUCUGAGACUUGCGGCGAAAGCAACGACCUAUUGCAAAUCCGAACGGACAGUGGAAGACUCAUUGCGCACUCCAGGGCAAUGGAUCCUGCAACCACCCGCUAUCUGGGCGAAUGACACACCUGUGCGCGUUGAAUUUCGCAACGGUCGAAAAGACCAUCUUUAGCAACACGCCGAAGCUGUACCAUUCCAUGCGCUUACCAUACUUUUUCCCUCUCAUCUUCACAGUCAAAAGAACAUUGUCUUUGCUACUCAUUUCUUGGCGCAAUCCGAGUCUUUUGGAGUAUUGCAUUGGAAGCAAGCGCUGGUCCUCUCUCUUGAAUUUGUGGUGGCCGGCUAAUUUUACGUGAUUGCCCGUCCAGCCCAGUCGACCGGUCUUUUUUCCUUCUUUCAGUCCUAUCACCGCAUUGGGUCAGGCGAACACCCAAAAAUGGAGGGCAGUGGACCAAGGCAAAUGGUGACGCGAAAGAUUGAUCACCUUUGUAUCUAGGGGGAAGGGGCGAGGUGACGUCGUUCCCUUGAGUGUUGUUUCUAGCCUAGGGAAGAAAAGGUUUUGGCCUGUGAUGAGGUGGCACCGUGGCAGCAAAGCCCAGGGACUUGUGUCACGGUGAUAGGCCCACAGCCGGACCGCAUUGUCUGGAAGGGGGAAGUGUCGUCCGGAAAGAAUAGGCCAGAACGACAACCAAAAAGCAAACGAACUACAGGGUCGUCGGCACCAGCAUUUGAAGCCGCCGAUAGGACAGGCUUGCGCCUGUCGAUUAAGCAGCCACAGUGUUACACCGCGAAUAGGCCUAUACAUGAAUUACAGAGUCACAAAUGCUGCUGGAAUGGCAAUAAGUGUGCACGUAUUAACACGCAAAGAGCAUGCGUGCCGCAACUGGGAGAAUUAUCCCGAAUGGCCACCACCAAUACAGGGCUGGUUCAUAGUGAAAUGGAGGAACUCCUCGGCGCCACAACGGCAUCAUCAUGAUAAGCGGUGUGGGGAGAGAGUCUAAGGCUGGCUGGGUUUGGUUGGCACGCCGAGAUCUGGUCCAACGUCUAGUUCAAGAUGGCAAUUCACGAAUGGGCGACUAGAAGUUUGACAGAAAGCCAAUGCUACUGCGACGUGAUAGGCAAAGACAGUAAAGACACUUUGGAAAACAGGAACAGGAAAAUGAGCCAGAGGCUCUCGCUGGAUGAACAGAUUACCUUUUUGGUCAAACAAGUGGCGGGGUGGGUCAGGUCAGCAGCGAUUGGAUGACGUGGGAAAACAACAAAGACAUCGGGUUGUUUCCAAUGUUGGUUUGGCUUAUCAUAAACGAAGAUUGGAAGGGUUCCUCGCAUAUUCCACCACACCGACGUCGUCACUCGUCAGGGGUGACGGUGUAGAGUGAAUGAGGC